AUGGAGAAUGGCACAGGGGAUGAGCAGAACCAAACUGGUCUGCCACUAUCAAGCCAGGAGAUCGUUACAGCUGAAUACCAAGCGGUUACCAUCGUCUUGGUCCUCCUGAUCUGUGGACUGGGCAUCAUGGGCAACAUCAUGGUGGUUUUGGUGGUCCUCAGAACCAAACACAUGAGAACUCCCACUAACUGCUAUCUGGUGAGUCUGGCCGUGGCAGAUCUCAUGGUGCUUGUGGCUGCAGGACUACCUAAUAUCACAGAAAGCCUGUAUAGAUCCUGGGUGUAUGGCUACGUGGGGUGUCUCUGCAUCACUUAUCUCCAGUACCUAGGGAUCAAUGCUUCUUCUUUUUCCAUCACUGCCUUCACUAUUGAGAGAUACAUAGCCAUCUGCCAUCCAAUCAAAGCUCAGUUCUUAUGCACUUUUUCAAGAGCCAAGAAGAUCAUAAUUUUUGUCUGGGCUUUCACCUCCAUAUACUGUAUGCUCUGGUUUUUCUUGCUAGACCUUAACACAGUAGUCUACAAAGACACUACUGUUGUGUCCUGUGGCUACAAGGUGUCCAGGAGCUAUUACUCUCCUAUCUACAUGAUGGACUUUGGUAUAUUUUAUGUUGUGCCAAUGGUAUUGGCGACUGUCCUUUAUGGCCUGAUUGCUAGAAUACUGUUCCUGAACCCCAUCCCUUCGGACCCAAAAGAAAACUCUAAGACAUGGAGGAAUAACGUGGCUCACCAAAGCAAGCCUGUGAAUUCCAAGAUGACUAACAGGAGUUUCAAUAGCACUAUUGCUUCUCGAAGGCAGGUUACCAAGAUGUUGGCCGUGGUGGUAGUCCUAUUUGCAUUUCUAUGGAUGCCCUACCGCACGCUGGUGGUGGUCAAUUCCUUUCUCUCCAGUCCCUUCCAAGAAAACUGGUUCCUGCUAUUUUGCAGAAUCUGUAUUUAUUUAAAUAGUGCCAUCAAUCCUGUAAUUUACAAUCUCAUGUCCCAGAAAUUCAGAGCAGCCUUCAGGAAACUCUGCAACUGCCAGCAGAAACAGGACAAGAAACCGGCCAACUACAGCAUGGCCCUAAAUUAUAACGUCAUCAAAGAGUCGGAUCACUUCAGCACUGAACUAGAAGAUACUACCGUCACCAAUAGCUAUCUGUCCUCUGUAAAAUUGUCCCUUGGUGAUCCAUGUUUGUCAUCUGAGGUAACAGUUAAUACAUUUUAA